UAGCUGUUUGAUACCAGUAUGCAGAUAAUAAGAAUAUCUAUUAAUUAUUGUCCUGUUUUUGUCUCAUACUUGGUGAGAAAUACUGGUGUUCAUAAUACAGCACAACAAAAGGAAGAAAAAACCCUGAAACACCAAUUAUGACACCAAUUCAUGAGUACUUUUUUUUUUUUUUUUACUUGUGACAAGAAGAUUUUGUUUUCUGAUUUUGAUAUUCACCAAUUUUCUCCUCUUCCACCAAGCAUUCUUUUCCAUUUUCCCUCUUUGCCUGGUCCGUUUAGUCACUUUUGCUUAUUUUGUUUUCCGACUGUCAGACGCUGAACUCCGUGACGCCUCAUUUGGACAUGGAGGAGUGCAGUGUGUCGCUGCUGCCCAGAAACCGAGAGAAGAACAGGAGCAUGGAUGUGCUGCCUCCUGACCGAGCCCUGGCCUUUCUUGUCACCACAGAGGUGGACGGCAGUGACUACAUCAACGCAGCACUGAUGGAUAGUUUCCUUCGGCCAGCUGCCUUUGUGGUGACGCCUCAUCCACUGCCCAUUACCACUGGAGACUUCUGGAGGCUGGUUUUUGAUUAUGGCUGCACCUCCAUCGUCAUGCUCAACCAGAUCAACCAGUCCAACUCUGCCUGGCCUUGUCUGCAAUACUGGCCUGAGACGGGCAUGCAGCAGUUUGGACCCAUGACAGUGGAGUUGCUGUCCAGGUCCACAGAUGAUGAUGUCAUCACUCGGCUGUUCCGGGUCAAUAACAUCACACGGGUAAGUAUGCAGUAAUGGCCAAAACAGAUUAUGAAAUGUUACACAAUAUAAUCUGCACUCUAUUAUCCAGACCAUUAUAGCUGGUGUCAGUGAGGGGGUUAACACUGGUUCCACUCAAUUAUAAUGCCCCAUGAAAUGCUGACCUUAAAAUUAAAAUGCUAGUCUGACAUCUAACUACUUCUGACUUCUUUUCGAGUCCACUGCAAAUGUUUCAUAGCUAAUGGACUAAGAGUGUAAUUGCUUAAUUCAUCUUUUUAGAGAAGAC